AUGAGUAAACGUUUUCGCGAGACAUAUAGCCUAGAGUCUCAUGACUCUUAUGAUGAAAUAAAGGAUAUCUUCCCCGAUGCUGAGCCACAGGAGGACUUUGCUCUGUUCAGGCUGCCCUUGGAAACACGCUGGACGAUCUACGAACUGAUCUUUGGCGAGGUUGAGGUGCCCGACGGAAGAUACAUGGAGCACAUCGGCGAAACAAACUUCGAAGAUACAUCAUUAGAAUUGUCUACCCAUGUCAAUAAGGCCGGGAAGAAGGUGCCCUAUUGGAUCCGGCCUGAUUGUACGACACGCGUGAUGGUUUGGACGGACUUUCUGCAGACGUGCAAGCGGGUAUAUAACGAAGCAAGCUUGUUUCCAAUAAGCACCAACAAGCACAAGUGCUACCAGAUCCAUGGGCCUGGUGAAGACCCCGGCCAAUAUCUGGAAAGAUUUACAUCGCGCCAGCUUACCCAAAUGCGCCAUCUGCACAUCUAUACACAACAGCACACGAUAGAUGACAGCGAGAUCCUAUUGAGAAAACAGCUGAAGAUGGCAUCGGUGGGCUUGGAACAUCUAACUAUUACCAUUCGAAACUACCCGAGGCCUGUCCCAGGGCGAGGUGACCCUUCGACAAUCGGCGAGCCGCUCCAAGUCAAUCCAUAUCGUCGGGGCUUGGCUUGGUGGCAGGAUAUGAUGGAGGAUAUGGAGUCAAUGGAGGGUGGUGACAACUUGCUGAUGCUCAAAUCCGGAUGGGCAGAUUUCCCGACUUCACUUCUGAUCGUUACCAUGAAUCCUUGCCUUGUGGUUCCCUACGACAUCACUCACGAUGCACUCCCUAUACGGAAAGAGCUUCUGAAUGCCCGCAUCGAGAGCUAUCGUAUCCAACACCUACCUUUAGAACUCUCCCCCGAGCCUAUCGUGGGAGACGAGAUGAGGGAUCGCCUGGCUAUAACGAUUGACCUCGUCCACAGCGUUACAUCCGCUGACGCCCGUCUAGACGGUGUCAAAACGGUGCGCGUAGACGUGCUGAUAAAUGCUUGCCUUCGCUGUUAUGGGUCUGAAGACGAAGGCCGCUAUGCAAGGCUCCUUGAGGAUCCUGCUGGCUACUGGUAUGGUUCGCGGACUAGAUACCCUCGGGGAUGCAAGACAUUUGGCGAUGUAGUCAGCGCCUUUGAGAAGUCCAACAUCCUGGAUUUCUCGUUUGCCCUCAUCAAGGGGGAAGGUUUUGGGAUUGUGUAA